UCCUGCAAUAAAAUGUUGGCUGGCAAUGACCUGAACACUGAGCAAAACCUGAAAAAGUUCAAAUCUGACCUACAGUUUUACAGCUCAACUCAUGACAAUAAAGGUGUUUGUUGUCACCUGAAAGGGGGAGGAGCCUAAGGUGUUGGUGGUUUCAAACAGACCUGGAGCUCAGGGUCUGAAGAGAGCAGCGCUGGCCGGCAUCCAGACCAGGGUUGUGGAUCACAAGCUGUAUGGCAGCAGAGCUGAGUUUGAUGCCACCAUUGACCUUCUCCUUAAAGAGUUUGGAGUGGAACUGGUCUGCCUUGCUGGUUUCAUGAGGAUCCUGACUGGGAUCUUUGUGAAAAAAUGGCAUGGGAGGCUCCUCAACAUUCAUCCCUCCCUGCUGCCUUCAUUCAAAGGGGUCAAUGCCCAGCAACAGGCUCUCCAGGCCAGAGUGCUGAUAACUGGGUGCACCGUCCACUUUGUAGCUGAAGAGGUUGAUGCAGGCGCCGUCGUGGUCCAGGAAGCCGUUCCGGUGUUGGUUGGAGACACAGAGGAAAGUCUGUCAGCCAGAAUCAGGGAGGCUGAGCACAAAGCGUUCCCUAAAGCUCUGGAGCUGGUGGCCAGUGGAGCGGUGCAACUGGGACCAGAUGGAAACAUAGUCUGGAAGCAAAAGCGUUGAAAUGUCUCUACUAAUGCAUGUCUGACUAAUGAUCAGAAACCAUAGUUUACAAUAAAGUACAUCACUGUCAAUUGUA